AAAAAAAAAAAAAUCAAUUGUUUUCUUGUCUCACUUGUUAUACCAAACGGACGGUUAGUGAAGAAAUGGCUCUUCGUUUAAUCUAUGUUUCUAAUCUUCUUCAGUCAUAAUAUACUGCAUUAUGCCAUAUGUAUGAUUUGCCUUCAAUUAGUCUGCCUCAUCGUAUCACUUGAAUGGCGGGCCUUCCUACAUGCGUGGCGUUAUGUUUACCGAACCUAAUACACCUCUCUCUAUUGAAGAGUUCCACAUGCCUCGCCCCAAGGCUGGUGAAGUUCUCAUCAAAACCAAGGCCUGUGGGGUUUGCCACUCUGAUCUUCACGUAAUCAAAGGUGAACUUCCAUUUGCUAGCCCUUGUGUUAUGGGUCAUGCAAUCACAGGUGAGGUGGUUGAGCAUGGGCCCCUCACGGACACCAAAAUCAUUGAAAGAUUUCCAGUCGGAGCUCAUGUGGUUGGAGCUUUCAUAAUGCCUUGCGGUAGCUGUUUCUUCUGUAAUAAGGGUCAAGAUGACUUAUGCGAGGAUUUCUUCGCUUAUAACCGUGCAAAAGGAACCCUUUAUGACGGAGAAACCCGCUUGUUCCUCUGCAACAGUGGUAACUGUUUCGUUACCACUUACAAUUUACUUCAUCUUAAUAUGAACUUGAAUACUCAAUUUUCAACACAUUCUAAUUGAGCACUUUUAGUUUUCAUUAUGUAAUUUUCCUUUUGGAU